GUGUCCGUCUCCUCACUAAGUUUCAUUCAUUCGUAAAGUGUUGGCCGGGUACUCGGUUUACAGGAGUUAGACUGGGAGUCACUCUCACGGAGCUUCCACCUCGGUGCGAAAUGAACCAUAAAUAGACAAGCGAGUGGUUUCAGAUCAUGUAAGUUCCCCAAUACAACUCAUGAGAGUUUCAAUGUCACCCUCCACACCACCUUGGUUGUCACAACGAAACUGGUGCUUCCCACCUUUGCCAAGCCCAUCCUCCCAGUGCAGACAGGAGAGCAGGCUCAGCAGGAGGAACAGUCGAGUGGCAUGACCAUCUUCUUCAGCCUCCUUGUCCUAGCUAUCUGCAUCAUAUUGGUGCAUUUACUGAUCCGAUACAGAUUACAUUUCUUGCCGGAGAGUGUUGCCGUUGUUUCUUUAGGUAUUCUCAUGGGAGCAGUGAUAAAAAUUAUAGAGUUUAAAAAACUGGCAAAUUGGAAGGAAGAAGAAAUGUUUCGUCCAAAUAUGUUUUUCCUCCUGCUGCUUCCACCUAUUAUCUUUGAGUCCGGAUACUCAUUACACAAGGGUAACUUCUUUCAGAACAUUGGUUCCAUCACCCUGUUUGCUGUGUUUGGUACGGCAAUCUCCGCCUUUGUAGUAGGUGGAGGAAUUUAUUUUCUGGGUCAGGCUGACGUAAUCUCUAAACUCAACAUGACAGACAGUUUUGCAUUUGGCUCCCUCAUCUCUGCCGUCGACCCAGUGGCCACCAUUGCUAUCUUCAACGCACUCCACGUGGACCCGGUGCUGAACAUGCUGGUGUUCGGAGAAAGUAUCCUCAAUGAUGCGGUCUCCAUUGUCCUGACCAACACAGCUGAAGGUUUAACAAGAAAAAAUAUGUCAGAUGUCAGUGGGUGGCAAACAUUUUUACGAGCCCUUGGCUACUUCCUCAAAAUGUUCUUUGGCUCAGCAGCGCUCGGCACUCUCACUGGCUUAAUUUCUGCAUUAGUGCUAAAGCACAUCGACUUGAGGAGAACGCCUUCCUUGGAGUUUGGCAUGAUGAUCAUUUUUGCGUAUCUGCCUUAUGGGCUCGCAGAAGGAAUCUCACUCUCAGGCAUCAUGGCCAUCCUGUUCUCAGGCAUCGUGAUGUCGCACUACACACACCACAACCUCUCCCCAGUCACCCAGAUCCUCAUGCAGCAGACCCUCCGGACCGUGGCCUUCCUAUGCGAAACAUGUGUGUUUGCAUUUCUUGGCCUGUCCAUUUUUAGUUUCCCUCACAAGUUUGAAAUUUCCUUUGUCAUCUGGUGCAUAGUGCUUGUGCUGUUUGGCAGAGCGGUAAACAUUUUCCCUCUCUCCUACCUCCUGAAUUUCUUCCGAGAUCAUAAAAUCACGCCGAAGAUGAUGUUCAUCAUGUGGUUUAGCGGCCUCCGGGGGGCCAUCCCCUACGCCCUGAGUCUGCACCUGGACCUGGAGCCCAUGGAGAAACGGCAGCUGGUCGGCACCACCACCAUCAUCAUCGUGCUGUUCACCAUCCUGCUGCUGGGCGGCAGCACCAUGCCCCUCAUCCGCCUCAUGGACAUCGAGGAUGCCAAGGCGCGCCGCCGCAGCAGGAAGGACGUCAACCUCAGCAAGACGGAGAAGAUGGGUAACACCAUUGAGUCGGAGCACCUGUCGGAGCUCACCGAAGAGGAGUACGAGGCCCACUACAUCCGGCGGCAGGACCUCAAGGGCUUCAUGUGGCUGGAUGCCAAGUACCUGAACCCCUUCUUCACACGGAGGCUGACGCGGGAGGACCUCCACCACGGGCGCAUCCAGAUGAAAACGCUCACCAACAAGUGGUACGAAGAGGUGCGCCAGGGCCCCUCCGGCUCCGAGGACGACGAGCAGGAGCUGCUCUGACUGAGCCAGCACUGCCCAGGGACACCCAGCAAAGGGCCCGGACACAUGAGCAGUUGGCCGCCUCUGCAGAGUAGACGAGCGGGGUGAAGUCAAGGUGGCGAGGCCGUCCUAGCCCGGAACUUGCCAGGUCUCUAGCCAGUUGGCUCUGUGAUCACCGCCUCACUCUUCACUGCUCGGUGUUGCUUCUCGGCCCUGACUAGAGGGCCCCUGGCCCAGGUGGACAUGUCCUCUGUCUGCAGCCAGGCCGGCAGCCGCUGUCAGUGGUGUUUGCCUGUGCAGAGGACUCAGCUGUUCUGCUGUGGGUGCAUUCCCAAGCCACAUCCUGCUGGGAUGGCCGUGUGUGCCAGUGGGCCAGGUGCCUGUGCCAUUAGCACGUGCGGUUUCAAGGGGCCUCGGAGCAGCCACCUGACGAGGGUGGCUGCCCCAGAAAUCUUGAAAACCUCACACUCCCUUCUGUGAUGCUUCCUGCCCUGAGAGAGAAAAACGGAGUGACCUUUUUUCCUUUACCUCUUAUUGGCACCUCGGAGCCUGUCCCCGUGGCAGGCAGCUGCUCCCCUUCUCAGACGUGUUAUGAGUGUUUACAUUGGUCCCCAUGUUGGGGCCCACUGGCAGCUGCAGCCUGGGUUUGUUGGGAGUGAACCUAUUCUGUGGGGCUCGAACGCCCUCUAGAGGAGAAAGCGAGAGGCACAGGGUUUAUGCGGGCCAACAGUGCUGUUUCCAUUUGGUCUAAAUUCAUGAACAGCGCCUGGCCAUGCCUCUGCCAUCUGUUCUCCCCCACUGCAGACCCCUACUCAGUUCCACUUGUCCAGAGACCCCCGUCCUAGGCUCAUGGUGUUGGCCACCACUUACCUGCUGCCACAUUCGCUGCUAAUCAGGGUUUCAUCCUCUUCCCCCUCUCCCACAUCCCUACCAUCUUGGGACGCAUUCGUCACCCGCACCAAGGUCCCAGCCCUGCAGACCACUGGGGCACGGACCAGAGCACCUGCGCCCAGAUUCCUUGCUUCCACCCUCGCCUGGGACUCCAGUGACCUGAAAGUAGAUGUUUGUAUUCUCUCUCUCUCACACAUGUCCCUCCCCUCCUCCCCACCCUCCCUUCUUCCUACCCUGCUAAGGUUCUGCCCCCAUUCCAGGUGAGGAGCUGCCAAUCAUGUCCAGAUGAAGUGGAGAUUCUGACUCUCCCCCUCUCACCUGCCCCUGACUAGCCUCAUCGCUGCUUGUCAUGGCUGUUGGCCACUGAUGGCUUCCACAUGGAGCUCUGCUCCAAGUUGGAGCUUAGCUCUGUGGGCCGCAUAGACCCUGGGCUGGUAGCAAGUGCGUUUCCAUCCCACCUGUGUUGGGCCGGGAUGUCGAGAAGGACUGGCCUCAGGACUCUGCCAGGCACAAGAGGCCAAGUCCCAGCUCAGAGCCCUUCUCUUGCCCCUGAAGUCAGGCCAGUCGGACAGGAGGCCUGUGGUUUGCUCUUGUGCGUGAAAGUAAAUCUGUACUACAGUGCAGUCUUCUUGUAGUCUCACCGUGGGCCAAAAGUGAGCCGUUGCCUUGCAUAAUUUUGGUUUCCAUUUCUAUUUAAUGGAAAAGCAGAGGUGAUCAAAGAAAGUAGGGUAGGGCCCUAAAACCAGAAUGUUCUCACACCCCAGCUUAGAACUAAUUUACAUGUUUUAAAAGAAUAUUUUUAGGUUUUUGUCAUAGGGUAUGUGCACUUGCCAGAGAGACAGAGAGAGACAGCGAGACGGAAAGUUAGAA